AUGCUCGAACCUGUGGGCGGUUUGAUCUGUUUUGUCAACUUAGAUGAACAUGGUUCUGUUAUCAUCUAUAAUCCCUGCACCAGACAAAAAACACCAUGGAUUAAACCAGCAAGUACUCGAGAACUCAGUAUUGAUCCUAAAGUACAAUUUCGUCGCAAAAAGAUAACUGGACUUUACAAGUAUAUGUUUGGAUUUGGAAUUGACCCAGCCACUAAGCAACACAAAGUGUUUUCCGCAUAUGAUAUUUCUGUAAGGUACUUUCCUUUCAUGAUUGUUAGCCAUGAAUUCGUUUGUGAGGUCUUAACAGUAGGUGAUAAUAUAUGGAGAAAGAUCGAUGGUAACCGAGUUCCAUCGAACAUUGCAGUUAGUAGCGAAACUGUUCAUGUGCAUGGUUCUAUAUAUUGGAUGUGCUGCCAGGCGGGGCAAGACAAGAAUGAUGUCAUAAUGGUAUUUGAUCUUGGAAGCGAGACGUUUAGAGAGAUUGUAAUCCCUAGUUUCAUCCUUGAUCUCUGGCGCUCGAAUAUACAAGUACAGUUGGUUCAUAAGUUAGUAGAAGUGGAUGGACACAUAAGUGUUUCAGUCCGAGAAGGAGAUGACUGCCUCAACAUGUGGAUUUAUAAUGAUAUCGGUGUCGUUAGUGGUACUUGGGAUAAAAAAACGAUCCAGAUGCCUUGUCUCUGGAGUGACAUAAAAUAUGUAGAUUUGAAAGCCAUUAGCGGCUUAGACAUGAUAGUCGUAAAAAUCUUACGAGAAUCUGCGGCUUCCUUUCUUCCUGAGCAACAACGUGAAGAGAUCCAUUAUUACAACCGUAAAGAGAAGAAAUAUUGUAGAAAUCGGUUUGAGAUUUUAUUAAAUCGUAUUGCUUCCCCAGCUAAAAGCUAUUCUAUUACACCUUUCUUCGAGAAUUUAUUGCCUGUUAAGGCUGUCAACCAUCCGACUAUAUUACCUGUGUUGCAAGAAAAGUGA